AUGUGGGUGACGCCUGUACCGAACGAAGUGGGCGUGGUUCUAAUGGCGGCUCUACACGAUGGCGAAGAUAUUGGCGAGAAUCCUAGUGACGUGUCAAUUGAUAUGGCUGGAAUUCCUGGGCUGCCGUCCACUGCGUUUUCUGGCUUCGCGCCGGAAGUGUUGUCUGUAAGAAAACUGCUAGCUUGUGCUCUACCGCCACUCCGACUCCAACGCUAUCACGCUAGGCUUAUUCAAAGCAUCCCAAAAGAAAUGUUUACCGGUCGUGGCCCAGCAUAUUGCAAAUGUGUUUGA